AUGCACAUCUCCGGCCUCGUCCCGCCGGAGCUCUUUCCGGCCAUGCGCCAACAGCCGUCGUAUGUCGACAUUAUGGCUUGUCUUGACGGACUGCGGGCCUCCCCGUCGGACCCACUGGCCCUCGACGACGAACGCGGCGAGCACGUGUGGGACUGCGCCACCCCACGCGACGAGAUCGAGGCGCUGCAGGCCGCCUCGGCCCACGAAGUCCAGCGCUAUGCCAACGCCGUGUCUCGCUACCUCAACAGCAUCAUCAUGAACGACCUGUCGUGGCUGCCGGACGAAGAGGAGCGCGAAGCCGUGUGGGCCGCCGCCAGCCGCCGCAUUGCCGAGCGGUGCGGCCGCACGGCCAUGGGCGACAUCACCCGGCGGUGGCCGCUGCCGCUUCCCGCUGAGGAGACCGGCGGCCUUGCGUCUCCGGGGGCGAGCGACAGCGACAGCGACGGUGCGUCCGUGCCGAACCGGCCCGUGCAAGUCGACCUCGUCAUCAAAGAACCCGCCCUCGUCGGCGACAGCCUCGGCUUCAAGACCUGGGGCACGUCGUAUGCCAUGGCCCGCAUGCUGCCCGCACUGGCGCACGCGCCGGGCCUGCGCCACCUGCAGCCGCUGCUGCGCCAGGGCCUGCCCGUGCUCGAGCUCGGCGCCGGCACGGGCCUCCUGGGCCUCGCAGCCGCCGCACUCUGGCGUGCCGACGUGGUGCUGAGCGACCUCGCCGCGAUCGUGCCUAACCUGGCGGCCAACGUCGAGCGCAACAGCAAGAUCAUCCAGGCCCGCGGCGGCCGGGCGCGUGCCGGCGUGCUGCAGUGGGGCGCCAGCCGCGACCAGAACGACGCGAGGACCGGCACAGUCGUUGUCGACACGGAUCUGUUCCCGCAGGACCACCAGUUCCCGCUGGUUCUGGUGGCCGAUCCCAUCUACGACGAGGAGCACCCGGCGCUGCUGGCCAGUGCCAUUGACGCGCAGCUGGCCCUGGCCGGUGAAGACGACGACGACGGGGAUGGCGGCGGCAGCAAGAACAAGAGCCCGCGUGCCGUCGUCAUGGUCCCGCUGCGCGACCGGCAGACGGAGACGAUGGCGGCCAUGUUUGUGGCCGAGAUGGCCGAGCGCAAGCUGGUGCCGGUGGACGAGGGCGAGAUUGCCGGCCAGGACAGCGACUGGGCGACCGGCGGCGCUGGUGUUGGCUGCGAGUUUACCUGCUCGUGGUGGGUGUUUCACCGGGCGUGA